AUGGCUCGAAAUGGUGUCACUCCCCCAGACCUUAACUCCCUAUCCCUCUCGGACAGCGACGCCGACGACACAGAAGACCUCUUCGCCUCACCCUCCGUGCCCACCAAAAAACGGAGACCUGAACCUGAGACUUCGAAGUCCCAACCUCCUGCCCAACCACCAGAUACUGAAGAAGACCACCUUGCCGCCCACGAAGCAUCUCUUCGCCGCGAACUGUCCUCCGUCCGCACCAUGAACCAGGUCAUCUCAGGGGUCGUCGACUCUUUGGAGAAAGCCAAGAGUAACAUGGAAACAGUUUCUGCUACAGUCUCAAAUGCAUCUACUCUCCUCACAACGUGGACGCGCAUACUCAGCCAGACCGAACACAAUCAACGGCUAAUCUUGAAUCCGCGAUGGCAGGGGGCAAGUCAGGAUAUCGCGGAUGGGGAGAACGAGGUGGUGCUGAGGCGGCAGGAGAAGGAAAGGAGAGAAGUAGAAGAGGCAAGGAGGGAGGAAGCGAGAGGGAGGGAAAAGGAGGAAGAGGAAAGACGGAGGAUGACAGAAGGGUUGACUACCAAGGGCCCACGAGGAAGAGGUAGAGGUGUAGGCCGAGGGGUCGGCAGAGCAGGGGGCAAUGGAUAUGUUGGGGUGGGCGGUCAAGGAGGAGUAAGAGGAACGGCCAGAGCAGGUGGCACAACGCCUGGAGGGGCCGGGAGCGACGUUGCCCGCAUGUCGGAGUCCACAAUGGCCACGGCGCCCUUCCUGAAGGUGCCAGCAGAGAUCCGUCUCAUUAUAUACAAGCUCUUGCUUUCGCAUCACAAGGAUAUGACUCUACGCAUACGUACGGAGGAGCAAUUCAUAUACGGGCGACGCAAGCGAGAAAUGCGACGACGAAGCAAGUUCAGGUACAUAGCCGAUCGAAUGCGCUCUCGCAGUGCCGAAUCGACAUACUGCCUUUACAGAGGCCCCGGAGACAUACGUUCCUCGAUCCUAGGUGUGAACCAACAGAUCCACGCCGAGGCCUCCCACGUCUUGUACUCGGAGCAUACUUUCGAUUUUGGCACGGAUAUCGAAAGCAUCCUCCCCUUCCUACAAGACCUGACGCCUGCCGCUCUCUCCGCCAUCAAGCGAAUGAAUAUUGUCAAACGCUCUCUACCAUACACCAAAGACUUUGAUCGCUGCGAAUGGCGCAAUGCCUGCGCGUUCAUCUCGCAGAACUUGCGCUUGGUACAACUUGACCUCUAUGUCGAAGGAGGGACACCGUCGCUUGCAAACAAGCCCGCCUUAUACUGGAAACAAAAAAAUACCUACAGCAAGGCGGAUUUUGCCUUGAUAGCAAGACUGGACGAAAUGGACGAUGACAUGGAAUGGAUGAAGCACGUCGUCGCGAUCAGGGAUUUACAGGUCCUGAAUGUAAAAGCUUUGUUGCAGCAUUGCCCGAUUCCCGGCUCGAAAGCGAUGGCAUUCUUUGUAAACUUCUCUGCGAGCAUUGAGAAAGGUUUUGCCGAGUAUCUGAGGUCGCUGAUGGUUGCGCGGUCUUGA